AUGGAGAACCCAACCCGAGAAAUCGAAAGCGUCAUUCGGACCCUGACCCAAGGCACCCCCGACCAGCAGCACGAUGCCAUCUACCGCUACUUUGCGCCUGGCGCCACGUUUGAGCACCCCUUCUGCCGUGUCCCGACCUUUCAGAAGUUGAAUGUUCCCGGUCUUGGCGAAUACGACUCGCGUGCAUUGAUCGCGGCUAUCUUCCGGUGGUACAAAAUCAUGAGCCCCAAGAUCGACAUUGAGAUCGAAUCAUGCGCCCACGAUGAAAGCACCAACAUCCUCUACAUCACCAUCUUCCAGAUCUUCUCCAUCUGGUUCAUCCCCUUCUACCGCGCCCCCGUCCGUCUCACCACCGUCCUCCACCUAACCCCAGCCUCCACCACCACCUCCUCGUCAUCCCCAUCCUCCUCCGCCUCCCGCGACAGCUCUUCCCCACCCCCGUACGACGCCGCCCAUGAGAAACGCCGCGCUGUGCAAAAGGGGGAUGAGCCGAGUUACGCGGCUGUUAUCGCCGGCGAGGCCGAGGCCUCCUCGUCGUCCGGCUCUAAAGAAGCUGCUGCCGCAGGCCCUUCCUCAUCCGCCUCCUCCAGCACCGCCGCCGAGAGUACCAACACCAACGAAAACCGGCCCAGACGCUACCUAAUAGCUACACAGCAGGAUCUGUACCAGACGACAGAGUUUGUCAAGUUUGUUGGGCUGGCGCCGGGGUCGGUGGUGUUGAAUGUUUUGCAGCUGGUGGCUACGCUGUUUUGUUUGGUUGGGGCUGUUUUGUUGGGGCCGGUGGUUGGGGCUGUUUGGGGGGGGAAGGGGGGACGGGGGGAGGGGAAGAAGAGGGUGUGA